AAAUGCAAAUGGAGGAAGACUUAACUAGAGAGGAAGGAUUGAGGGAGGCUCUUUCUUCUUUUAAUUUCCCACCUUUGACUGUUCAAAACACCAGACGAGAGAUUUCAUCAGGCUCUCUUCUUGCAUCAAAGUUUCUGUCGAUUUGGUUUUUAAAGGUUUAUGGUGGUUUGUGCGGACUUAUUGAGAGGAACUUUCUAUCCAAACGGCAGCCUCUCGAUAUUAAAGAAUUUUUGCGGUCUGUUUGUCACUGAAUGCACAUUAUUUGCGUGUCUGUUUGUGAGGGCAUAACAACAUACUUUGAAGUUGGCUAUCAACUUAAUCAACCUCCAGAAUAAGCAUAAGAAAUGCAGAAGCUUUUAUUUCCAUGAUGACUAGUUAUUCUUGUACUUCUGUAUCUGUAAAAUCCGGUUUUUGAAUUUUCAACGGGUUUUACAAUUUUAUCAUUAGUUCCUUCAAUGUCAUCAUCUCACCUUUGUUGACUCGUAUUUUGGAACUAAGUUUUCACAGUAGACUUCGUUCACAUGAUACUCAUCUAUCGGAAGUACAUUGGUCUUUUAAAGUACACUCAAAAUGGAUAUCAGACCUAAAAUUUUUGAUCUAAGUUUAAGUACCAGGAUGAAGAAAUGGUUCAGUGGUUGUGUGAUUGUAUCCCUGUUUAUGUUGCUCAUCUUUAGAUAUGCAGUGAUGAAAAAUCCUCUGGGACAAGGUUAUCUGCCAAAUCCCUUGGCCAAUUCUAGUAAUCCCCUUGAGUGGGUGCAGGCUACAAUUCCUCCGGCAGUUCAAAAUUCUAGUAAUUCUCUUGAGUGGUUGCAGUAUACAGUUCCUCCUGCAGUUCAAAAUCCGGAGAAUGAUUCUCAAGUGGUUUCUAUUGAAACUGUGGCCUUCAGGCUCUUUGCUCAGAGGAAUAUCUCAAAUGAAGAACAACAGUCUUUGCGGACAUGGAAUCUUAUGAAAAACUUAAUUAAUCACUCUCAGGUUUUGCCUAAUGGAAUGGAGGCUAUAAAGCAAGCUGGAAGUGCUUGGAAUAGCCUUAUGGUUUCAGUUGAAGAGGAAAAACGUGGUUCCAUGAAUGACAGUUCAAAUAGGAGAGCAAAAGAGAAGCUGUGUCCUCAUUUUCUUAAUAAAAUGAAUGCUUCAGAACUUGAUAGUAGUGAUUAUAGGUUGCGAUUUCCUUGUGGCCUGACUCAGGGUUCUGCCAUCACAGUCAUUGGCACUCCAAAUGGUCUUCUGGGUAACUUUCGGAUUGAAUUAACGGGUGAGUCAGUUCCAGAGGAGCCUGACCCCCCCAUUAUUUUGCAUUACAAUGUUAGGAUCCAUGGUGAUAAGAUAACCGAGGACCCAGUAAUUGUCCAAAACACAUGGACUGUAGCUCAUGAUUGGGGUGAAGAGGAGCGUUGUCCAUCGCCUGUUCCCGAAAAGAGUAAGAAAGUGGAAGAGUUUGAUCAAUGUAACAAGAUGGUGGGUGGAAAUGUUACUCUGAAAUCUGGUGUUGCAAGGCGCUCUUCAAUGAUGCUGGAAGGAUUUAAAAGCAGGAGAUAUUUUCCUUUUAAGCAAGGGUAUCCAUUUGUUGCAACACUAAGAGUGGGAUCAGAAGGAAUGCAAAUGUCCGUUGAUGGAAAGCAUAUAACGUCUUUUGCUUACCGUGAAACAUUGGAAGCAUGGCUGGUUAGUGAAGUUAGGCUUUCUGGAGACUUGCAACUAAUUUCUGUCCUGGCUAGUGGUUUACCAACAUCAGAGGAAUCAGAAAAUGUAAUUGACUUGGAGGCACUCAAAUCCACUCCACUCUCUCUUAAAACGUCAUUAGAGCUCUUCAUUGGGGUAUUCUCUACAGCAAAUAAUUUCAAGCGCAGAAUGGCGGUGCGAAGAACGUGGAUGCAGUAUCCUGCAGUACGUACAGGGCUUGUUGCUGUUCGCUUCUUUGUUGGUCUGCAUAAAAACCAAAUAGUGAACGAGGAACUCUGGAACGAAGCGCGGACAUAUGGGGACAUACAGCUGAUGCCUUUUGUGGACUACUACAGCCUCAUCUCCUGGAAAACUUUAGGCAUUUGCAUCUUUGGGACGGAGGUUGUGUCAGCUAAAUUUGUCAUGAAGACGGAUGAUGAUUCAUUUGUUCGUGUAGAUGAGGUGCUAGCCUCUUUGAAAAAGAUGAAAUUGAGUCAUGGCUUGCUUUAUGGACUCAUCAACUCUGAUUCACGCCCUCAUCGGAGUUCUGAUAGCAAGUGGUAUAUUAGUCCCAAGGAAUGGCCUGGAGAGAGGUACCCACCAUGGGCACAUGGUCCUGGCUAUGUGGUAUCCCAAGACAUAGCGAAGGCAGUCUACAAGAGACACAGGGAGGGCCAGCUUAAGAUGUUCAAACUGGAAGAUGUGGCAAUGGGAAUUUGGAUUGCGGCUAUUUCAAAGGAUGGUUUGAAAGUCCAAUAUAAGAACGAAGAACGGAUCUAUCAUAUGGGUUGCAAAGAUGGGUAUGUUGUUGCCCACUACCAGGGUGCAAGAGAGAUGCUUUGUCUCUGGCAAAAACUUGAAGAAGGAAAAGGUGCCAAAUGCUGUGGUGACCGAUGAACACAUCAUCUUGUUGUGGUCCUUUCAAGAACUACAGAAGGCUGAUCGAGCUUUGGUGACUAUACAUGAUAAGAUUCGACUGACCUAGAUUGAGUCCGAAGGAGAAAACUAGAGAGUUACCAUUAUAGAAAUAUGAUGAUGAUGUACCAUCGUAUAAUAGUAGUAGUACAGGACCUGCAUUAUAACGCUUUACACAGGCGGUAAACUGAAUACAGUUCAUUAAGCUUUUGAUGACUUUUCUUCUGGACUGUCACAUUGUAAGAGAGAGAGAAGCCUUGUAUAGAUUAGUAGUAUUAGGCAUUGUAUAGUGACACUUCAGUUGUUUUUCUAGGUUAUUAAUUUCAUCAUUCUUUUUUUUUA